CGGCGCUUGCGCAGUGAGAGGUGGGUCCGCAUGCGCGCUGGGUUGAGCGAGACGCACGCUGAGGAGUUUCGGCGUCCGGUCCUGCUGUACGGAGUCUACUCGUUGCCAUUAAGGAGCUCGGCGUGAGACCUCAGUUCGGGAGUCACACAUACGCUUCAGAAUGCCGGGUCUAAGUUGUAGAUUUUAUCAACACAGAUUCCCUGAGGUGGAAGAUGUAGUAAUGGUGAAUGUAAGAUCCAUUGCUGAAAUGGGGGCUUAUGUCAGCUUGUUGGAAUACAAUAACAUUGAAGGCAUGAUUCUUCUUAGCGAAUUAUCCAGGAGACGUAUCCGUUCUAUAAACAAACUGAUCCGCAUUGGCAGAAAUGAAUGUGUAGUUGUCAUUAGAGUGGAUAAAGAAAAAGGAUAUAUUGAUUUGUCAAAAAGAAGAGUUUCUCCAGAGGAAGCAAUCAAAUGUGAAGACAAAUUCACAAAAUCCAAAACCGUUUACAGCAUUCUUCGCCAUGUUGCUGAGGUAUUAGAAUAUACCAAGGAUGAGCAGCUGGAAAGCCUGUUCCAGAGGACUGCCUGGGUCUUUGAUGACAAGUACAAGAAGCCUGGAUAUGGUGCUUAUGAUGCCUUUAAGCAUGCAGUCUCAGACCCAUCUAUCUUGGAUAGUUUAGAUUUGGAUGAAAAUGAACGAGAAGUACUCAUUAACAAUAUUAAUAGGCGUUUGACCCCACAAGCUGUCAAAAUCCGAGCAGAUAUUGAAGUAGCUUGCUAUGGUUAUGAAGGAAUUGAUGCUGUAAAAGAAGCCCUGAGAGCAGGUUUGAAUUGUUCUACAGAAACCAUGCCCAUCAAGAUUAACCUGAUAGCUCCACCCAGGUAUGUGAUGACGACGACGACACUGGAGAGAACAGAAGGCCUCUCUGUUCUCAAUCAGGCUAUGGCAGUCAUCAAAGAGAAGAUUGAGGAGAAGAGAGGCGUGUUUAAUGUUCAAAUGAAGCCUAAAGUGGUCACAGAUACUGAUGAGACUGAACUCGCAAGGCAGCUGGAGCGGCUUGAGAGAGAAAAUGCAGAGGUGGAUGGAGAUGAUGACACAGAAGAAAUGGAAGCCAAAGCUGAAGAUUAGCCUUGUGGGAAACAGUGAUUUCAUGAAUACGAAGCUGCCCUUCCUGGCUGGAAACCCUAGACUUGAAAGUUUUCCAGUAUUGAAAACUUCAAAGCUGAAUAUUUUUAUUUCCAAGUAUUCAAGUGUUCAACAAACCAGAAUCUAACCACCCUCCUUGUGUCAGCCACAAAGAAGCUCUAACACCUCAAGCAUUUUUAAAGGAGUGGCUUGAUUUGACCAGAGGCAAAUCUUAAAGAGCAGCCCUAAAAUUAGGCUUUCGGUUUCCAUUUCUGAUGUCUCUGGAUUCAGUGCCUCCAUGAGAUUUACCAGGGGCACCCAACACAAACAGUCCCAACCUUCCUAUAUAAAAUGUAUUCAAGCCAACAUCAAAUAAAUUUCUGGGAUAUUUAACUUUAGGCUUCUUCCUUCUUGUCACCAGUUAAAACUAGUCUGAAUGUUCAGAUCCUAAUUCUCUUUCUAUGUGAGAAGUAAACGGUAAGUAAUGAAGUGAUCUUUGCAGAAACAAACUUUCAGAAGGAAGGUGCAGGGAAGCAAUUGUAAAUUUAACCAUAGUGAAUUUGGUCCCAAGUGGAGAAAAACCUUGAAAUUUAAUUAAAGAAUUAUGUGCCUGUUACCCUGUUUGAGACCAAUGACAACUUGGAUAAGAGAAGUCAUCAGUCCCUUUGGUGUAUACUAAACUAUGUCCCUUAAAGUUAUAAAUCUAAGGGUCUUUAUAAAGCACUGCUGCUUUGAUGUGGUUACUCUGAGCAGCAUCACCCAACUGAAGGGGACGUUUUCCUCUCUAUCUGGUAGGUACUACUUAGAUCAUUAGUUGUGUUUUUUAUAUAUAAAGAGUUUUUCUUUGUUUAGCAUAGUAUUCUAUUAGCUUUUUAAUCUAAUGGUCUAACUUCAGAUGACCCAUUUCCAAGGAAUAAUGCUCGCCAGUUGGCAUGCCAUGUUGCUGGUUGUUAUUAUUUUCAUUGCUAUUUCAUAACUAUAAUUUUGCUACUGUUAUGAAAUUUUUUAAUGUUCCUUUUUUUUUUUUUUACCUUCACAGACCAGUAACACGUAAGAAGCUACAGCUACUGUUGUCAAAAUGUAGAAAAUUAUUUACUUUGGCAUGCUUGUGUUAGGACACUUGUACUAUUUAUUAUCUUUAGGCAAACUUAAAAGCCUAAUCAGUCUAGUACUAGAUUGAGUAGUAAGGGUUCUAGAGUUGGGCAUGGUAGCAUAUCCUCUAGUACUUGGAAAGCUGAGGUGGAAAGAUUUCCUUGAGCCCAGAAUUGUUGAUCAGCCUUGGCAACCAUUGCUAGCUUUGUGUCUCAAGAGGAUUGGAAAUUAGUGUUGGGGAAAUACUUUGCCACUUAGGAGAGUUUUUUCUUUGUUUAGCGUAGUAGUCUAUUAGCUUUUUAAUCUAAUGGUCUAACCUCAGAUCACCCAUUUCCAAGGAAUAAUGCUCGCCAGUUGGCAUGCCAUGUUGUUGGUUAUUAUUUUCAUUGCUACUUCAUAACUGUAAUUUUGCUACUGUUAUGAAUCUUAUUGCAAAUAUCUCUGGUUUUUGAUGGUCUUAAGCAACCCCUGUGAAAAGGUCAUUCAACCCCCAAAAGGAUCGCAACCCACAGGUUGAGAACCACUGGUCUAAAAGCAUCAAGAAACAAGUUUAGGACUAGGUAUGGUAGUGUACACCUUUAAUCCUAAUCCUAGCAGGCAGAUUUGAGUUGAAGGCCUAGCUGGUUUGUAUAUCAAGUUACAGGCCAUCUAAGACUACAUAGUGACUGACACCCUAUUUCCAAAAAAAAAAAAAAAUUUCAAGCUUACAAAGCAAAGCAUGGAGGUAUAUUAUCAAGGCUGCAAUGACAACUAUAACCCCAGCUGUUCCAGAAACACAGGAACACUACACAUUAGAGACCAGUUUGGGCAACUGCUCUAAGGAUUUAAGAAUAUAGUUGUUAGCCUAGUCUGUGCCUAGCAUGGGAUCAGUCCCCAUUAUCAGAGAAGAAAAAAAAAUACAUUAUCAAAUAUAACAAGUGCCCUUUUCCUGGUAAUUGUUUACUGAAAAAUCUUUAUAUUAAAAAAAAAAAAAACAGUUGAAGCCAGGCAUGGUAGCAUCUGGAUCAGCCUGGUCUACAGAGCAGUUCUAGAACAGACAGGCUACACAGAGAAACCCUGUCUCAACACCAAAAAUUAAAAAUAGCUGGGGUUCCAUGAUGAUUUUUAUCCCAUCUAGACUUUCUUGAUGAACAUAGUUUUGUAAAUGGUGACCCUAGCCAGAGUAAAGAUCAGUCCUUGGCUAACAUUGUGGUGAGAACUGAGAUCCAUGAGGUCCAGGAUACUCACUCAGCCCUGGAAGACAGAGCAGAAUGGACAACUUACCAUGUCUUGGUUUUCCCGCCAAAGCCUUCUCAUUAACAAUGCUAACAGUUCUGUUUUCCCUCUUCUGCCUUGGAUUACAGUCAUUAAUCCAUACAACAAAAUGAGCAGUGUUUCCUACAUUAUUUGAAAUGGACUAAAAAAAUUAAACGUUGAAACUGCUUUUAUAUCAGUUUCAUAGUCAAACAUACCAAUUCUCAUGAAUAUGUUAAAGCUUGGGGUGGUUUUGCUUUGUUUUGCUUUGUUGGUACUUGGAAACACAGGGUUUCUCUGUAGCUUUGGAGCCUGUCCUGGAACUAGCUCUUGUUGACCAAGCUGGCCUCGAACUCACAAAGAUCCACCUGCCUCUGCCUCCUGAGUGCUGGGAUUAAAGGUGUGCGCCACCACUGCCUGGCUGUGUUUUUGUUUUUGAAGAUGUUCAAGUUUUUAAUGAGCUGCAGAGCUGUGUCAGUCUCUGUGCCGCUGAGUAGCAGUUACCAUUCUGCUGUACGCACCAGCCCUUUGUGUCCUAGUUUUUCCCUUUCCCAUCAAGAGCUAUUAACAUGAGUAGGGAUAAACGUUCUGGUACCUUGCCACCUUUACUGCUUUGUCUGAAGCUGUCUUUACCUGUUUUAGAACCCUUGAAAAUCCUUGUCCCACCCUUAGUCCUGGGAGGUAUGGCUAUGUCAGUUUGGAGGUAGGAAGAUAUCAAACCAAAUGCAACUUAAUUCAGAUAUGCACUUGUCAGUAUCCUAAAAGUAACUGGGUACGUUAAACCUGUAAAAAUGCCAAACGAAAAAAUGGUACCUGAAAAGGCAGUCUCUUACAAGUAAGGAUAAAGAGAAAAAAAACAUACUCUUGGAAUUCCUGACUAUUCAGGGUCAGGUAUUUCAGACAUUAAGAGGAAAUCUAUUUUGAGAGAAGUUUUUACUUAGGCACUUUAGGAAUAUCCAUUCCCCUUAAAUAAAUGUAAGUUGUGUAUUUUAUCAAAGUCCACACCAUUGUCCUUGGCAAGAAUGCUGGCCAUGACUUGUGCCAGAUUACUGUAUAAAGUUAAUAAAAAUGUUUAUAAAAACACUAUGAUAAAGACUUUUCACUUUAGGGUUAACCUUCCAAAUUUCUUCACUUAUUUCCGUUAAUUUCAUUUUUAGACCAGUCUUAGCCCUUGAUUUAACUUUGCCCUUUGUAUCUUUGUUGUUCAGAGGGCCCCUGAUCCACAUCUUUCUAAAUGUCAUUUUGUACAGAAAAACCUGUAUUUCUGUCU